AUGCAGGGUCUUGCGGAUGGUCCCGUCAAGACUCACCUGUUCCGUCUUGAACUAGAUUCACUAGAACAAGCCAUUUCCAUUGCGGAACAGGAAGACUUCAGUCUGAGACAGGCUCGCACCAGCUCGACAUCAUAUCGUCAACCGAGACGAUACGACAGCGGAGGUCCAGAGCCGAUGGAACUUUGUCAUGUAGAGAGCGAGAAGGCUCACUCUACAGACUACAAGAAGUUGCAGAAAUGCAACAUAUGUCAAAAGACAGGACACUACGCUUACGAGUGUAGUGCCCCUCGUCCAGUGUCUCGCAACACUGGGCGUAGUGACCGUCCACCCAUGAGAAAGGGGCAGGGACGAGGGUCCGCUGUUAGUGCAAAGACGCAACAACGGGAUGGACCGUCAAAAAACGGACAGGAUCAGUAG